CUCUCUCUUCCAUCCUCUUCCUAUCUCUCUCUACUCUCAUUCUAUAAAUCUAAUUUUAGUUUUUUUUUUUUGCUAUUUCACAAAUUCUCCCAAUAUAUUACCCAGUACUAAUAAUUUAAAAAAAAAAAUCUCCAGCACCGAAAAAAUAUUAAAAUUUUAAAGCCGCCGGGAAAUGAAUAGAAAAACCUGUCUGAAAAAUUGUAAGAAGAGAAAAAAAAAAGUCUGUCUGAAAGUGGGAGAAACAGACAAUGGAAAUCGAAGGCGAAGACGGCACGAAGCUCAUCCUGAAGCCCGGAGACAAAUCCGUCUUCGGAAGAGGAGCCGGAUUCACCACCGACGACUUAACAGUGUCACGCCGCCACGUCUCUCUCGAGCUAAAACCCUUCGCCGGCGGAACCGAUUCCGAUAGGGUUUCGCUCGAGGUUCUCGGGAGAAACCCGGUUUGGGUACGGAAACGCGAACCGGGCGAAAAGAUUCAAACUUUUCGUAAAUCUGAGACGGGAGAGAUCAAGGCCGGCGAUAGGUUCUGUGUAUCGGGUCAACUCCCGAUUUGGUUCACUCUGAAGAGUCGCGAUGAAAGAGUUUCGGAUGGUGAAAGUGGAUUGGAUUGUGUCGAUGGUGAUCCUGUUAAAGAGUUUGGUUUUCUUGUGAUUGGGAAAGAGUUUGAUCAGUAUCCAAAGAGUCGAGUUCGCGAUGUAAAGCAAUGGGAAUGGUUUCUUGAGGAUUCCACUAAAGGAAAUAGCGAUGAUGAGGAUGAUGAUGGAGGUAAGAAGGGAAGGAAGGGAUUAAGGAAAAAGAGAAGAAGAGGGAAGAAAGGGAAUGAGGAGGACGAUGAUUGGAGUGCGGAAAGCGAGGAAGAUAAAGAGUUGAUUGUCAAAUCGAAAAGAGUUGUGAGUCCAACUUACUCAACUAGAUCCAAGAAGACUAAGAAAGACGUAAACGCAAGUAGCAGUAGUAGUCGUGCUCCAAGUACACAGCAUGGAAGCGUAGAUAUGGAAGAAGACGAAGAUGAUGAAACAUUGGGAGGUUUCAUUGUUAGUGAUGAAGAAGCUGAGUUAGAAGAAGAGGACGAACCAAAUACAGAUGAUGAAGAAGAAUUAGUAGAUGAAGAUGAAGAUGAGGAUUAAAAGAUGGAAUCUCCUGAAACUUUUUUGACUACACGUGAAAUGUAACCAAAGCUAAUCUUCUUUUUACUAGAAUUAUUACAAUCAUUUGUUCAUUUGUAUGAAUAUGUGUCCAUGUGUGAAAUGUUUGAUCGUAUAAUAUAAUGUUUUAAUUUGUUGCACUUA